AUGGCGACCGUGACGAACGCCCCAUCGGACCUGCCAUUAGAGCAGCUUACUCUCUAUCAGGCUUCCGAUCCAUGCCUGUCGUCCAUAUUCGUCUUCUAUGGCCCCGUCGCAACAGCAAAUGCCACCGUCAGCAGCUCGCGCAUCCAGGCGCAUAUCUUGACCCCCGCAGGCUUCCAGAGCUAUCCGCGAAUUACCAUUUCACCCGCCGCGCCGUUAUAUGCCGCAGUCAAUCAUCUACCCCGCGAGAAACAAGGUGAUGAGGUGUGUCGAGGUCUUGCUGUCAGUAUGUUGAAGUACUUCGCAGAGCUGUCCGAGCCCGCCAAGGAGUGCUUGCAAGCGAUAGCACGUGCGGGGAAAGCAGGGGGAACUAUCCCCAAGAUGUUUGAUGAGAUGCAUGCGGCGAAUCUGGCGAAUCGCAUGGUAAAGGUGGAACAUACAUCAGACAUACUUCGCGAUAUUCGGGGCGCUUUUCAAGAACGCAAGGUUCCAUGGGUUGACAUCGACGUUUUGCUUCCACCGGGAACUAUCCAGCCUCCUUCCCAGCCCGACAACGAGGGCCUUGACGAUGACAACGCUGAUAUCGAGGAUCCUCCAGAUCUCCAGUACGGGCAAUAUACGUCUCUCAUCCGCGGCUUGGGGGCGCCGAUGUUCCUGCCAACGUCGCGGCUAAAACGAGCGCCAUCGCAACCCACGAAUGUGAGCAAGUCUAAAGUGUUCACCAAAAGCCAGAAACAAGACUUCCGUCUAAAGAUGUGUGAAUUUGUGGAUACGGAGGAGAGAUAUGUGAACAAACUUUAUACUCUUGUGCGCCAUGUGGCGGAGGAGUACCGGUUGAAAGCUCAAGGAAGAGCGCCAUCGAGCACGAGCCCUGACGAGGCUGCUCUGGCCACUCUAUUCCCCCCCUGUCUUAAUGAGAUUCUCGACGUCAAUAUGGGUUUCUUAGAAGUGAUACGUCAGGUACUUGAAGAAACGGAGAAAGAGGCCAUUGAAGAUAUCACAAUCGAUACGGAACUCUUGUCGUCUGUAUCGCAACGACAUUCAUUGAAGGAAGGGGGAGAUGCAGUUGGGGCAGUCGCCUUCGCGCACGCCCUCAUUGAGUGGUUCCCCCGAUUCUCUGAUCCUUAUGCAGACUAUAUGCGCGCCCAUACAGGGUUUACCCAAACGCUUAAUUCGUUCAUGAGGGACAAACAAUCCAGCUUUUCGAGGCGUGUCCAUGACACCGGGGAGCAAUUACUACGGUCACUGCUGAUGGAACCUGUCCAACGUUUACCCCGCUACAGUCUCUUGAUCGACACGAUGACGAGCAGUCUUCCUUUGAUACACCCCGCCGUCCGACCAUUCCUGAAAGCGCGAGACAUCAUCAAGGACAUAUGUUCGCUAGACGAUCCUUCAUCGACGAACCAUGAUCAAAGUUUCCGCCGACUGAAGGAGUUAGUCGAUGGCUGGCCAUCAACCAUAUUGCCAACUGGUCGUCUGAUAACCGCGGUCGAUUUCUACGAACUAUCACCGCCAUAUCAGCUAGACAACCCGGCCCCCGAUCCUACCGCUGGCAUCAUGUUAAUAUACAAGAACUGCCUGGUACUGCUAUCAAAAAUCCCUGGCAGCAAGACAACAGCGCGUGGUCUGUUGGCUGAGUUGGACAACGCGGCAUCAGCUGCCAAUGGCCCGGGUAGCUCAUUACCUUCCACCGAUAUCCGUGUUGUGCAGGUAUAUGAUCUCCACACUGUACGUUGCAUGCAAUCCACAUGCGGGCGGAUCUUGUUCCUGUCACCUACAUCGGUGAAGUCGCGUCCAAACCAAAAUACAACUGUUGAUCUUCUGGCCUUGGAACCGGCUUCCAUGUAUGAGGGUCGGGCCAGUAGAGUGAUUGAAGAGAUUGUGAAGGCAAAAAUCGAGGGUAGGUUCUCCGAGAGUGAGCGAGAAAGCGGCAAAUGGUCUCUUCGGAGUCCCACAGGAACUGUUGGAAAUAUCGGUAUCUUGGCGUGUGUGUUCGAGGAGGAACCGAGUGCUGCAGUGAAUCGAACCGGUCUGUCGAAAGUGAGGGUUGAGUUUGACAUCCCAAAACCGCUCCGCAGCAAGCUGCUGAACAGCCCAGAUUUGGAGGUGAUUGUUUCCGUAUCUUUGUCGAGUGAAGACCAGUAUCGGGUGGACAUAGACUCAGUAGUUGGCAUCGCUUCCUCAGAUAUUGUUACAGUGGAUAGCUUUGUUCCUGUGCUCUCCAAACGCCUCCUGAACUUGCUUUUGCCGUUGCAUGGCACCCAAAACCGGACCAUGACCGAGUCAAUUGUUCUCUCCAAUUUUGACAUACUUCGCUACCUUUCGGGCCAUCUCAUAGCGCAGCUCAAGGUCCCUCGUACCUUUCGCCCUCCGUCGCCCUCCAAACUGCUCUCUAGUCUUCUGGGUGGAAGUCAAUCAAGAGAAGGCACACCAAGCGUCAAGGCACCGACUUCCGCAACUCUAUUGGGUGAAUUCCCCAAGAUGCCACCCCCACGAUCCAGCGUCUCGCGUUCCAAUACACUACCUUCGGUUUUCCCAGGCAAAGAAGAGAAGAAGGAAGACCCCCUACCCAAGAUUUCCGUUGUUGGAACAACGUCUUCGAAAGGCUCAGAAAGCCCGUUCAGUGUCUUGGAACAAAGCUUUGCUGCGUACGUCCUCUCCCUUCAGUCCCGCAGUGGGAACAUCGUUGGACGGACACUUCGGGGGAGAGAUAACGUUGAUCGAGCUGCAGUCAAUGAGCUGUAUAAUGUCUUGUUAGAAGAUCCCGGGCAAAUUCAGGCAGCAGCCGAAGUACCCGUCGACACACUCUUCGUAGCCUUCGAGACGUUCAUGGCAAACGCAUGGCAGGAGCAAAUGGGCCCAGUCCUGGAAUCCUCGUCACUAAAGUCACUUCAAAAUCAGUUCGACACCAUGUAUCCCCGCGAAUUCGAAGAAAAUUUCCGGAAAUCCAUAGGGGAGAUGAGUCCACAGAAUCGUCGCGCUUUAGCCUCCUUGGUGCGAUUACUUGCAGAGUUACUUGAUGCCUCUGGAAACGAUGGUGACCGAGGUGCUCUAACGGCCGCUUUUGCAGAGAUUCUGACGGCCGAAGGAGAUCCGAUGCAGCACAUUUCCCUCUUGGAUCGACUGGUCGACGAUUUCGAUAACCUAUUCGACGAAUUCAUCCCUGGGGGGGCAUCGUUGGAAGGUAUUUUAAACUGCGAUCAAAGUAAACCCGUCUCGCAAACGAUCGGCUCAAUAAGCUCUAACGCGUCGUCCUUCCGAAAGCGUUUUGGUUUCAGUCUGCACCGGGAGAAUCAACGAUCGGAAGGGGAGAGCAAGGUGUCGUCGAUCUUAAGGACCUUAAGCAAAAGCAAAGGCUCUGGUGAUUCAGAGCCAGGCACUCCGAGAGGCUCUUUGCUACGCUCAAAAUCCAUAGACAUCGACACGAGCUUAGGCCAUCUCCUGCGGCCUGGUUCGCGUGACCGUCCCGGGGCGUCUACAUCACAAGAGUAUCUUCGAAGACCAGGGAGCUCCCAGGAGGAGACGGCAUCUUUGUCCUCAAUUCAAGAAAUGCCAACUAAUGGAGUGGUGAAGGUGCGGAGGAAGAGGCGAAGCUCUCUGUCAGACCUAAGGCCAGGCACGGCAUCAACGGAGACGUCAGCCGCAUCUCCAGAGCAGGAAGAGAGGCCUACCACCGCAGGGUCGUCCUCCGACGUAGUUACUCCAACCAAACAGACUCGCCCACAGACCAGCCACGGCUCAGGCUCUACGCAACGAAGCACCUCCCCAGCUAAGAGCGGCUCACCUACUCGGAUGACUUCGCCCAGCCGACGAUCACCGACGCGGCCUGCCACUCCCAGCCGAAAAGAAAACAUUGACCCAAAGCUGUCACAGGUUGAGCGCGGAGCCUCUUUGCGGAAGAAAGGAGAUGCGACGGUAUCACCUACGCAAGACUCUAAGACAAGGUCACGAGCAACGAGCGUACCCUCAUCGAGGGCGCCUGGAUUGAAGGAGCGACCACUCCCCGUUAAUGGUGCAUCGGUACAGAAGCCGCAAAAGUUGCGGAUGCAGAGUCCACAGAAGCUCCGAGAUCGUCUUCAGAACGAAAAGAAGGCUCAGAGUGCGGCACAGCUGGGGCUGAGGGACGAAUUAUUCCUUAUCGGUGAAGAAUUACGAGCGCUCAAGAUCGCACCACCACAGCAAACCAGACAUGCAAGACAAGAUUCUGAACACUUGGAUGAGCCUUUCUCGCCAACAAACAAUGCGGCCCUCGUAUCACGUGUUCGUCACCUCGAGAUGCGUUUCGACAUGCUAUCUUCAGAGUUCAAGAGCCGGACAUCUGCCAUUGAGAAAGACUUGGAAUCAUCCCUCGUGGUUAGCGAGAAACGAGCUAAAAAGCUUGACGAGCUAUAUCGUGAAGCCAGCGCUGAGAAUGAAGCCCUUUACGACCGGUUCAACUCGGAGCUGAGCAAGGUUGCGAAAGACGUGCGAGCAGGAGAUGCUGAAGAUGCACUCAAAUCCCAGCUCUCUUCAGCACUAGAGGAGAUUGGCCGCUUGAAAAAAGAAAAUUUCCGACUGAAGCGAGAGGUUGGAGGCCUGAGAGCUCAACAAGCCGCGGUGGCCUUACUGAAGGCGAGUGAAUGA